AUGGACGAGGAGGAGGAGUGCGAAGAGUAUAUGCGAAUAGUCGAGGCUAAUGAGAAAGAGGGAACCGCGUCAUACGAGGAAAAGCAAGUAGCGGCUCAUUGUGUCGAGCAGAACAAGUUCCGGUUUGGGCUAAAUUCAGCUUUGAGGGAUGUGUUGAUGUCCAUGAGAUUCAUCAACCGCUCUGGUCUACCUGCAACGGCAUUCGAAAUCUGUGCUGUAGCCUACGAGACAGGUUUCGAAGGAUUCAAGGCCCUCCUUUACCAAGACAGAGAUCUCGAGUAUUCGGCAACAUCGGACCUCGAUAAUAUGAAUACUGCACAUUCGGCAUUCAACAUUCUCAACCAAACAGUCAUGCACCUCAACAACAAAAGUCGCGAGCAGAGGGAAACCCCCGAUAGUCUGAACACAACCUUGCAGUGGACGUAUUGCGGAUCUGAAAAUAACCGCUGUGAUCCGAUCAACAUUGACCUAGCAGGCCCCAGCCAAUGCCUGCGGCUCAACUCCAUGGACGAAGUAAUAACCGUGAUGGUACCCCUGGCCAUGACCUGCCCGGCCUUCCUAGCUAAUUUCACCGGCUUCCGGCACGUUGUGGCACUGACGGGCUUCAUCCUAGACGAUGUCCAGCCGCUCGAGGAAGGCCAGUUCGGGGCUUUCUUCCGCAUGUACACGAGCCAAUUUGACAAGAUGGAGAGGCCGGAUGUUCUCCAUCUUUCUGAGGCCUUACGCUGUGGCCUUUUCUCACGAUCCAAACUGGUGCGAAGUUCGGACUCGCCACCUAAAGCACAGCAGGAUGCGAUGCAUCAGCUCAAUGAGCUUAACAAGCUCACGAAGUAUAUGGAUGAGUGGGUUGUCGAUGAGACGUGCGUGACGGUGCCGUGCCCAGGAUACGUCUGGGGCGUGAUCUCUAUAGCCGUCUUGAUCGCCGGCGGCGGCCUGGGCAUCGGCUUCAGCGUCGGUGAACGCAUCAAUGGUGUUGAUCCCUCGAACAUAGCGACCUAUCUUUGGGUCGUAGCCGCUUUCAUCGUUCUGAUAGGUAAGAGCAUGAAGGUAAAGGAAUGGGCCUGGAAUGACUUUCUCCGGAGAAGAGUUCGUUGCUGCUCAGUGUCCGAACUACAGUCAAUCACCAGGAUAGACGGCCAGCUCAUCAUCGCCAAACUGUUACACGAUGAACGGCGGGGUAGUGUAUUGAACAUCCGCGGCCCUUACAACUCAGUUUUUCUCAGAAGAUCUACCGAAGGAUUCUCAAUCGAUAAGCCCAUCAGCUCCUCAACGCUUUUGCUUAGCGGUUUGACGAUGUUGAAGGUUGUUACGGCCAAGGGACAUGCUUUGGUGUGCCUCGAUUUCCGAAGGGGAACAGAUUUGAGAGUCAUCGGUCAUACACCAGAACCGCAAAAAGAACAUCUUAUCUGCGAGCAAAUCGAUAGGCUGCAAUCGGGAGCUAGUGCAGAUUCGCAGGCUCAUACCAAACAUGCCUUUUCGAGAUCUAGGGGGCUGAAAUGGAAGAGAGUUCAGGGAAUCUACAAGCUGAUGGAUGCCAAGUUUGUAUGA